UUUCUGAUAGGUUCCUUCCUUCUACAUUAUUAAUUGUUGUUGUUAGUCUUUAACAUCACAAUUCUUCUAUUGCUUCCGAAUACUGAGAGCUUAUUUCUGACUUACCACAGUACCAAACCGAAGAUGGCUGAGACUGUCCUUAGUGUUGUUGCCGAGGAAAUACUAGGCAAGCUGAUUUCACUUGCUACUGAGCAGAUCAGCGUUGCUUGGGGUUUCAAGGAUGAGCUGAUGCGGCUUCGUGAGUCAGUAGAGAUGAUUCAAGAUGUGUUAGCUGAUGCAGAGAGAAGGCAAGUGAGUGACCGGUCCGUGAUGCGUUGGCUGCAGAGGCUUAAAGAUGUUGCUUAUGAUGCUGAUGAUGUGCUGGACGAGCUUGCUUACGAGAUUCUCAGGAGAAAGGUGGAGAUCCGAAACCAAAUGAAGAGAAAGGUAUGCUUCUUCUUUUCAUUUUCAAACCCCAUUGCAUUCCGUUUCAAGAUGGCCAACAAAGUUAAGUCCAUUCAUGAAUCGCUAAAAAGGAUUAAUGAUGAAGCAAAACCAUAUGAUCUUGCUAAAGUGGGACCAGUAAAUGCAAAUCUUGAGAUUAUCCCAAAGCGAGAGACAGACUCCUCUGUUGAUCAUUCUGAAGUCGUAGGAAGGGAAGAUCCUGCCUCAGAAAUAGUAAAGUUGUUGCUUAAUGCAGCUAGUCAACAACUUUCUGUCAUUCCUAUAGUAGGAAUGGCAGGUUUGGGAAAAACAACCCUAGCAAAACUAGUGUACAAUCAUGAGUCAGUAAAAAAACAUUUUGAUAAGACAAUAUGGGUAUGUGUCUCCAAUGAGUUUGAAGAUAAAAAGAUUUUAGAAGAGAUUCUUGAAUCCCUUACUGAUAAGCCAAGUCCAUUAAAAAAUAAGAACACAAUACUUGAACGCCUUCAAAAAGAGUUAAAAGGUCAAAAAUAUAUUCUCGUACUUGAUGAUGUAUGGAAUGAAGAUCCUGAGAAAUGGGAGACUUUAAAGAGUUCUUUGAAAGGAAUGAACUCGAAUGUGGGAAAUAGUAUUAUUGUAACAACCCGUAGUGAUAAGGUGGCUGAAAUUAUGGAGACACAGACUCGACAUCACUUAGAAAAACUAUCAGAAGAUGAUUGUUGGUUCAUAAUUAAAAAAAAACUAUCUCUUAAUGAAAAUAUUCUACUAACUCCAGAUAUGGAGGCUAUUGGAAGGGAGAUCGCAAAAAAAUGUGGUGGGGUUCCAUUACUUGCAAGAGUUUUAGGAGGGACGAUGUCUCGUAAAAAGGUGAAAAGUGAAUGGUUGGCGAUUAAAAACAGUAAGGUUUGGAAUUCCCCAGAUGUUAACAAUGGAAUCUUGUUGAUACUUAAAUUAAGCUUUGAUCAUCUUUAUCCACCAUCUCUAAAAAAUUGUUUCACAUAUUGUGCAAUAUUUCCUAAAGAUUAUAACAUGGGAAAGGAAGAACUAAUUCAACAUUGGAUGGCAGAGGGGUUGCUUCAACAAUCUGAAGGCAUGGAGGAUAUUGGUAAUGAGUAUUUUGAUAAGCUGUUGGCAAAUUCCUUAUUACAAGAUAUAGAAAGGAAUGAUUAUGGUGAUAUUGUAAGUUGCAAGAUGCAUGAUAGUGUCCACGAUCUUGCCCUUUUAAUUUCAACACAGGAAACCUUGCAUUUAGAGGACAAUAUUCGACAUUUACCUCUUAUAUCCAAUGGCCAAACAACAACAACAAUCCCACCACCAAAAGAUGACAUGUCUCACAUUCGAAGUUUUUCUCUUAUAUCCAAUAACCAAGUAACACCAACAAUCCCACUAUCUAGAGAUGUCAUGCGUAGAUUGCGCACAGUUUUUUGGAUGCAUUUUGAUCUUGGCAAUAAGUUAUUAGACUUAAAAUGUGUACGUGAUCUAACUUUAUUUGGGAGGGAGAUAGGAGAGUUGCCCAAGUCAAUUGGUGAGUUUAGACAUUUGAGGCUUCUUCGCAUUGAGGAGACCAAUAUCAAAGCAUUACCCAAUUCUGUUACCAAGCUCUACAACUUGCAAACUUUAGUGAUCAAGGAUUGCGAUGGGCUUGAGAGGCUUCCCAAAGAUCUACGAAAUUUGAUUAGCUUGAGACAUAUUGAUAUUGAUCGUUGGUGUAUAAAACAAUUGCCAAUAAAUAUGGGGCAGUUGACUUGCCUUCAAACGUUGCCUUUCUUUGUCAUCGGUCAAGAUGCUGGUCAUCGAAUUGAAGAAGUGGGAUGCUUAAGCCAACUCAGAGGAGAAUUAAGUAUCUACAAUCUAGAGCAUGUGAGAGAUAAAGAAGAAGCCAAAACUGCAAAUUUAGUGGGAAAGGCAGGAGUGCAGAAGUUGGGAUUCUAUUGGAAUAGAGAAAGGGAUGGAAACAAUAACGAUGAGGAUGUACUGGAAGGCCUUCAACCUCACCCAAGUUUGAAAAGCUUAGAGAUUGAAAAUUUCAAGGGUGAGAAGUUCCCUUCAUGGAUAUUGGCACGUGAUAACAGUAGUGGUGGUUUGUUUGUUUUGGACCAUCUGUUGGAAAUUCGUUUAGAAAACUGUAACAAGUGCAACAAGCUUCCUACACUUGGGCAUUUACCCCAUCUCAAGGUUCUUCAAAUAAGGGAAAUGGAUAACGUGAAAUGUAUAGGAACAGAGUUUUACAUUAAUUAUGGUGGUGAGAGAUCAAGUAAUAGUGGAGGUGGUAGUGGCAGAAAUGUGGUGUUCCCAGCUUUGAAAACACUUGUUUUGGAGCGGUUGUACAAUCUAGUGGAAUGGAAGGACGCAGUGGAGUCGAAAACAAUAGAAACGGUGCUGCCUCAAGAUGCAACCUCUCUCCAAUCAUUCACAAUAAUUGGAUGUAAGAAAUUGAGUGAAUUGUCGAACGCACCGCUCACCCUUCCUUCUCUUGAGACGUUUGAAGUAAUUAGGUGUCCUAAUUUGAGAUCCUUUCCAAGUCUACAAGGUGCGGGGUCCCUUCUCCGAAGUCUGGCAAUAUCGUGUGGUGACGAAGUUCUACCGACUGCGUUACAAUCCUGCACGUCGCUUUCAAUUUUGAGUAUAAAAGAGUGUCCAAAUCUUAUAUUAAUUCCAGAGCUACGAAAAUUGCAUUCUCUUACGCUGUUACAAAUUUGGGAUUGUCCUAAUCUGAAAUCAAUUCCAGAUCUAGGAGAAUUGCAUUCUCUUACCGACCUAAGCAUUUUCCGUUGCCAAACGUUAAAGUUAACGUGUUUGCCAAAGGGGUUAGAGUGCGUCACCCGCUUAAAGUCUUUGGCGAUCGGUGGGUUUUGUGAAGAGUUGGAUGCGUUCCCCAGUCUGAGUUCCAUCCAACACUUGCACAUGUCCCUUGAAUCACUACAGUUGUAUGGGUGGGCUAAACUCAACUCUCUCCCGGACGAAAUACAACACUUAACUUCACUUAAAUAUCUGCACAUAAACAACUUUGAUGGACUGGAAGCUUUGCCUGAGUGGUUGUGCGACUUUUCUUCUCUUCAACGACUGGAACUUUGGUCCUGCGAGAACCUGAUGCAUUUGCCCACAUCGCAAGCCAUGCAACGCCUCACUAAAUUGCAAUCAUUGUGGAUUACUUCUUGUCCCAAAUUACAGGAAAGAUGUGCAAGAGGUAGCGGGGCAGAGUGGUCCAAAAUCGCCCAUAUUCCAUAUGUCGAUGUCUAA